CCUGGAAAAUAAAACAAGAGGAACCAGAAACCUGCAGAAUAAAAUACAAGGAACCAGAAACCUGGGUAAUAAAACAAGAGGAACCAGAAACCUGGAGAAUAAACCACGAGGAACCAGAAACCUGGGGAAUAGAACAUGAGGAACCAGAAACUCUGAGAAUAGCUCAUGAGGAUCCAGAAACCAUGAGAAUAAAAUAUGAAGAAUCAGAAACCAUGAGAAUAAAACACGAGAAACCAGAAACCAUGAGAAUAAAACACGAUGAACCAGAAACCAUGAGAAUAAAACACGAGGAACCAGAAACCUGGGGAAUAGAACACGGGGAACCAGAAACUUUGAGAAUAACUCACGAGGAACCAGAAACCUGGAGAAUAAAACACGAGGAACCAGAAACUAUGAGAAUAAAACACGAGGAACCAGAAACCAUGAGAAUAAAACAUGAGGAACCAGAAACCUGGGGAAUAGAACACGGGGAACCAGAAACUUUGAGAAUAACUCACGAGGAACCAGAAACCUGGAGAAUAAAACACGAGGAACAAAGAGGCCUGAUGGAAAUGAAAGAAGAAAGACAAGAUCUGAAUGAGGUGGAGGAGAAAUAUCAGGAUCAGAAAGAGCAUGAUGUCAAUGGAGAAAAAUCAGCGAUUUGCAGCAUUAAAGAAAGAGAAGUCAAAGGGCCUUUCAGCUGCUCUGAGUGUGGAAACACGUUCACAUGUAACAGAAAUCUUAAGAGGCACAUGUUAAUUCAUGCUGAAAUAAAACCUUUCAGCUGCUCUCAGUGUGGAAAGAGUUUUACCACGAGAGCAAGCAUUAAGGAUCACAUGUUAAUUCAUGCUGGGAUAAAGCCUUUCAGCUGCUCUCAGUGUGGAAAGAGUUUUACACAGAAAGGACAACUUAAGAAUCAUUUGGUAACUCAUACUUCAGAAAAGCCUUUCAGCUGCUCUGAGUGUGGAAAGAGUUUUACACAGAAAUCAAGCUUAAAGAUUCACAUGUUAAUUCAUACUGGGAUAAAGUCUUUCAGUUGCUCUCAGUGUGGAAAGAGUUUUACAUAUAAACUAUGCCUUAAGAAGCACAUGUUAAUUCAUACUGGAAUGAAGCCUUACAGCUGCUCUCAGUGUGGAAAGAGUUUCACACAUAAAGUAAAGCUUGAGAAUCAUUUGGUAACUCACACUUCAGAAAACCAUAUCAGCUGCUCUCAGUGUGGAAAAAGUUUUACCACGAGAGCAAGCAUUAAGAAUCACAUGUUAAUUCAUGCUGGAAUUAAGCCUUUCACCUGCGCUCAGUGUGGAAAGAGUUUCACAUUUAAAGGAAACCUGACGCAUCACAUGUUAAUUCAUGCUGGGAUAAAGUCAUUCAGCUGCUCUCAGUGUGGAAAGAGUUUUACAAAGAAAUCAAACCUUACGAAGCACGUGUUAAUUCAUACUGGGGAAAAGCCUUUCUCCUGCUCUCAGUGUGUAAAGACUUUUAGAGAUAAAUCAAGCCUUAAGGAUCACAUGUUAAUUCAUACUGGGAUAAAGUCUUUCAUCUGCUCUCAGUGUGGAAAGAGUUUUACAAAGAAAGCAAGCCUUAAGAAGCACAUGUUAAUUCAUACUGGGUAAAAAGCUUUCAUCUACUCUGUGUAGAAAGCCUUUUAAACAUAAAGGUGACCUUGAUAAUCAUUUGGUAACUCAGAUUUCAUAAGCCUUUUACAUAUUAAAGGGGUCAUCGGAUGCCCAAUUUCACAAGUUGAUAUGAUUCUUUAGGGUCUUAAAAAAAAACUUACUUUGGUUAAAAUGUCUCAAUUGUAGUGUAACCAUUGAUGUUACUGCUGUGUUAAUAUUUACAUUCAAUUAAAUUCAAGUUUAUUUGUAUUGAAAGUGAAGAGUUGUCAUCAGGUUACAGAGCCCCUCCCCUCAAUAUCGCCCUCUCCGCCAUGUUGGCAGGAUCCCAGCAGCAAAACAUGAUUGUUUACAUGUGGUGUUAACUCUAGUGGAGGAGGUUCUCGCAAUUCCGCACUGUUUUACCAUGCCUGGAAGUUACUGCUGCGUUAAAAAACUGCUCCAUUAGCUCACACGAUACAUAUGGAACACACAGGAACAAUGGAAUACAGUUUUUUAGGUUAAACCAGGCGCAAAACAGUGGUAUUUGGAGAAGCUCUCAGGCAUCCAAAAUAUCGACCCAUUCAAGCUCCCUGCAGUGGAAUGGCACAUAGACCUGGACCAUUUACCUACAUGCAUAUAUAUGGACAUUGUGAAUUAUCUAAACAAUGCAGGAGUUUAAAAGCCACAAGUCUUUGGAAAGUUUUUCCAAAUCAUUAGGUUCUGUCA